UCGCCGGAGCUUGGGGAAGGAAGUCUCUCUCCGCGGAGGUCUGAGGGAAGCAGCGCUCGCGCCAGGUAGACCAUCCCCGCGCCGUCGUCAUGGGCAAGGGUGACCCCAACAAGCCGCGGGGCAAAAUGUCCUCGUACGCCUUCUUCGUGCAGACCUGCCGCGAGGAGCACAAGAAGAAGCAUCCCGACUCGUCGGUCAACUUCGCCGAGUUCUCCAAGAAGUGCUCCGAGAGAUGGAAGACCAUGUCCGCAAAGGAAAAGUCCAAGUUUGAAGAUCUGGCCAAGAGCGACAAAGCUCGCUAUGACAGGGAGAUGAAGAACUAUGUUCCUCCCAAAGGGGAUAAGAAAGGAAAGAAAAAAGACCCAAAUGCUCCGAAGAGACCACCGUCUGCCUUCUUCCUGUUUUGCUCUGAAAAUCGCCCAAAGAUCAAACUUGAACACCCUGGCCUGUCUAUUGGAGAUACUGCAAAGAAACUGGGUGAGAUGUGGUCUGAGCAAUCUGCCAAAGAUAAACAACCUUAUGAGCAGAAAGCAGCUAAACUAAAGGAGAAGUAUGAAAAGGAUAUUGCUGCAUACCGUGCCAAGGGCAAAAGUGAAGCAGGAAAGAAGGGUCCUGGUAGGCCAACAGGCUCAAAGAAGAAGAAUGAACCAGAAGAUGAGGAAGAGGAGGAG